UGCCAGGACUGUGCGCGUCGCCGGGGCCCAGGCCCGGGUACUCCAGGCCGGCGAGACGGCGUGCGCCAUGGGCGAGCGGGCUCCGGUAAGGGGCUGCGGCGCGCGGGCGCGGGUUUCGGGCUCAGUUCCCUCUGACCUUUGAGGAUGUCGCCAUUUGUUUCUCGGAGCAGGAAUGGCAGAGUCUGGAGGCAUGGCAGAAGGCGCUCUACAAGCACGUCAUGACAGCCAAUUACCAGACUCUCCUCUCCCUAGAUGAUAGACUUCCCAAGCCAGAACUAAUAUCCUGGAUUGAACAAGGGGGAGAGCCCUUCAAGAGUUGGGGAGAAUCACAGAAACCUGGAAACAUGAUUCACUCUGCUGAUACACAUUUUGAUCCACAUAUUGAGGGAGAGCUGUUUGGAGGAAGCCAGGAAGCUGUCAAAUCAGGAGAAACUAAAUGUCCUUUCCAAUUUGAUCCUCUUCAGAGCCAGUAUUCCUUUGGACUGUGUUUAGGAGAAAGGGAAGAUGUUUCCUUCCAGCCUGACCAUGGCAUUACCCUCAUGAAUCCAAAGACCCACGACACCCUGGCUCUAGCUGCAGUGGUCCCCAGCUCCAGCGAGUCUGCGCAGAGAGAAGAAACCCCAAGUCACAGAGCUCUGGGUCACCCUGGCUUGCAGGAAGCCCCCUCCUGGCAGAGCACCCAGCACCUUUGCCCUGUCUGCGGAGAAAGGUUUUGGCAGAAGAACCACUUAGCGAAGCACCAGAGGAACCACUCCAAGGAUGCAUCACGUAGGACCUGGAAGAAGUUCAACAAACCAGCUGAUGCACAGGAGCAGGGAAAUGUUGCCCGGAAACAGAGGCACUUCCGGUGUCCUGAGUGUGGGAAGAGCUUCCGCCUGAGGCAGUAUUUGCUGAGACAUCUGGCUGCCCAUACAAGGGAGAGCCCGUUCCAGUGCCCUGAAUGCAAAAUGUGCUUCUGUCAUGAGCAGACCCUUCACAGCCACCACCUCGGGCACAAGGGGGAGAUGCCUUCCCAGUACCACAAAUGCAACAAGAGCUACUUCUCUACGAACAGUGUGAAGGCUCCCCGGUCCCAGCACAGAGGGGAGAGGCCAGCCUCCUGGAGAAGUGGCAUUGGUGUGCACUCAGGACAAAAGCCAGGAGCUGGUCUGGACUUUGAGGAGCACUGCCCCUGUGGGGACUCAAAGACUCAGCAGUGGGACCACAGCCAUAGUGGGGAGAGGCCCUGGUCCUGCAUGGAAUGUGGCAGGUGCUUCCUCUCAAGGUCCAAGCUGGUCACCCACUUCGGAGUGCAUGCGGGAGAAAAGCCCUUCCAGUGUCCAGAGUGCAAGAAGCGCUUCCGUCUAAGUGGCCUGCUGAGGGUCCACCAGCGCAUGCACAGUAGGGAGCGACCAUUCUCCUGCAGGAAGUGCGGCAAGGGCUUCACCAACCCGUGCAAACUCACAGAGCACACCCGAGUCCACAGCAGCGAGAAGCCUUUCUGGUGUGCGGAGUGUGGCAGGACCUUCUGCCAGAGGGGCCAGCUGCUGAGGCACCAGCGGCUGCACACAGAUGAGAAGCCCUUUCAGUGCCCGGAGUGCGAGAUGAGCUUCCGCCUAAAGAGCAUGCUGAGAGCUCACCAGCUGCGGCACGGCGGGCAGAGGCCCUUUGCCUGCAGCGAGUGUGGCAGAGGCUUCACGCACCAGUGCAAGCUCCGCGAGCACCUGAGAGUGCACAGCGGCGAGCGGCCCUUCCAGUGCCCGGAGUGCAGCAAGAGCUUCCGCCUGAAGGGCAUCCUAAAGGCGCACCAGCGCACCCACAGCACUGAGCGGCCCUUCUCGUGCGCCGAGUGCGGCAAGGGCUUCACGCGGCAGUCCAAGCUCACCGAGCACUUCCGCGUGCACAGCGGCGAGCGGCCCUUCCAGUGCCCGCAGUGCGACAGGAGCUUCCGCCUGAAGGGGCAGCUGCUCAGCCACCAGCGCCUACACACGGGAGAGAGACCCUUCCAGUGCCCGGAGUGCGACAAGCGCUAUCGCGUGAAGGCCGACCUGAAGGCGCACCGGCUGCUGCACAGCGGGGAGAUGCCAUUCACGUGCGAGUGUGGCAAGGGCUUCGCCAAGCAGUCGAAGCUGGUGGAGCACAUCAGGACACACACCGGGGAGAAGCCUUUCCAGUGUCCAAAAUGUGACAAGAGUUUCCGCUUGAAGGCACAGCUGCUCAGCCACCAAGGCCUGCACACAGGGGAGAGACCUUUCCACUGCCCUGAGUGCGAUAAAAACUUCCGGGAGAGGGGACACAUGCUCCGGCAUCAGCGCAUCCACAGGCCUGAGAGGCCCUUUGCCUGUGGCGACUGUGGGAAGGGCUUCAUUUAUAGGUCUAAGCUGGCGGAGCACCUCAGAGUGCACGCGAAGUCCUGCCGCGCUCCAAGGGAGCCUGACACCAAGAAAAGGCGUAGCCAACUGUUCGCCAUGAUAGAGGCUGAUUGGAGUUGAAGCGGGUUGGGACCCCAGAGCAGUGAGCAGAGCUGAUGUUGCCCCAGAAUCCUCAGCAACAUGGGCUAAACCCACCAGUAGACAAAUUUUAAGAACAGGGUUCUACUCUGAGCAAGAAUGUAAUACAGGUUAGGAAUAUGGGAGACCAUAAAGGAUUUUCUCUUCCAAAACAUCAGUUGACUGGAGAUGGAGCUCAGUGGUAGUAUUGUGCGAGGGUCCUGGGUCCAAUCCCUGGAACCUGGAGCAAAGAGAAAAAAAAAGAAAAGAAAAGAAAAGAAAACCAUCAAUUAUAUAUUUCCUAUCCAUAGAUAAAAAGAGAUAUUUGUUCUCACCUUCUUAGGUAGUAAUUUUUGCCCAAAUGCUAAGCUAGCUCUAUAAGACGCCAGCUUUAAUUACCAUGUAAGAAAAUCCCUCCAGUACUAUCCUCUGAGAGGAUGGGGUAUCUAGUAAAUGUCAUUUCUACUUUUUACAUUUUUCAGAAUAUGAUUCAAACUGUUGGUUAAGUCCAGGAAUUUUGUUGCUGGCUUGAUAUGCGCUUGGAUUUGAUUUUGGCUUAUUUAUUUUGAAACUGUUAGCCAUAAGAUUAAUUCUCUGAAUCUUUUGUCUGUUUAUGUGAAUGCUGAAGGUCUCAGUAAUUAUACAUGGUUCCUCCUAAGGAAAUGUUGAUGAUUUUAGCAAACUUGUGGCUAAUCUGAGAAGAAACAAAAAACUAAAGGUGCUGAAAAGUUUAGUCAGGAGUUAGAUCCUUGGGAAUUCCAGAAGAGAUGCUCCUUGAAACUGAGAGAGUGAGUGAGCCUCCCAAGAGUGAAUAUUUGAGCAGUUGAUUAAAGGCUGAUUUAUGACAAAGUAAUGAAGUUAAACAGCUAAACCAGGAAGCAUUAUAGGCAACAACAGUUUAGGGAGUUUCCAAACAAAUGUUGACAGUAAUACAAAUAUGUCCAGGAAAAAGGUGAGGGCUACCCUGUUUGCCAUGUUAGACGAAAGACAUGUGAACGCCAAGUGUACAUACUUAGGGCAGAGUCAUACUCUAUACAAAGAAUUCAAGUGUACUUACUUAGGGACAGAGUCGUACUCUAUAGAAAGAAUUCCUAAUUUUCAGAGAGCUGACCUGAAAUUCUGAGGGAUGGCGGAAAAUUAGAUUUAUCAGUAGUAGACUUUACUCCAAAACAAUGUUUCACAAAUGAUUUUCUUUGGAACCCUAGCUUCAAAGAUAUUUUGUGGAGAAGAAUUAUAUGGUCAGUUACACAAAGAUCCUAAUUAAAUAACUGUUGCUGCUUUCUAAAUGUGAAUGAAUACACAAAUAUUAUCAAACUUUUUUGUGUGUGUGCUGGGGAUUAAACCCAGCUGUACCAAUGAGCUAUAUUGUCUUUUUUUUUUUUUUUUUUUUUUUAGCAUUUUAUUUUGGGACUGGGUCUUGCUAAGUUACUACGGGUUUCCUCAAGUUACUGAGUCUGACCUUGAUCUCAAACUACUUACAAUUCCCUUGCCUUGGCCUCCCAAGUCACUGUGAUUGCAGGCAUGCACCACCAUGCCCAGCAAAUUA